AUGGACCCUGUCGAAGAGCAGAUGGCUCUGUCAGCCGCCGGUGCCACCGAAUUAGCAGUGCCCGGCUACUCUCAUGUGGUCCGCGGAACAACCGUGGUUCUGACCAACGACCAAGCGGAAGCCGUUCGAGUCAGCAACGAGCCGAAUGUAGCAGAACAAGCGGCUCGUGGCACAGGUAAGACGAUGGUGGGAGCUAUAAUAGCGGCGCUUAUCGCGUCGCGACCACCAUCGAUAGUGGCUAGGCAGCGACUAAUAAUACGGCGCUUGCCCAAUCCACAGAGACCUCGAUGA